GAUCUAGCUCCGUCAAUAAGUGUUUCAUUUUAGGGAUAAUCAUAUAUUUUAAAGUAGCACUCAACAACGAAAUGGAUGGAAACGUCAAAUAGGGCAUAAAAAAUUGAGAUUGUCUUAAAUAGCAAAGAAAAUAUUGUUUAGGGUCCCACUAAGGAAAUAUAUUUUUCAGAAGGGCCAAAGAAGGAAUUCUCUCAUCUCCUGCAGAGUUAGACCUUGCAAAAGAACCAUCUUAGUCAAUUUCUCCCCUUUCUAUCGUCUCCUCCGCUCCCCUUCGCCGCCGCCGCCAACAUAAAUCUACAAUUUAUCUUGUUCCUGCAAGGGAGCAACAACCAAGAUGCCGACGACCAUGGCCAAGGCCGCAAGGGCAGGAGCGGCGCCUCUUCGCCAUGACGGCAGCCUUCCGGAGGAGAUUGUCGUCUGGGAGAUCCUAGUUCGCCUCGACCCCAAAUCCCUCCUCCGUUGCCGCACCGUCCGUCGGACAUGGCGCCAUGCCACCUCCACCCGUGCCUUCCUGCUUGCCCACCAUGCCCACCAGCCAGCCCUCCCCAUCGCGUUAGACGAAGAAUACAUCCUCACCGUUGACCGCCUUGCCGCCGCCCAGCUCCACACUGUCGCCCAUCUUGACAAGGCCUUCAAUCCAGAGGCUUCCUGCGAUGGCCUUCUCAUCCUCUCCAGGUGCAACAACAUGACCGACACCAUUGAUUUCUCAGUUUGUAACCUAGCCACUCGUCAAUUUGCUCCCCUUCAACAACUACAUGAACUGGGCUUGCGGUUAUUGGGGAUGUACUCGCAUGAACCUACUGGCGAGUAUCGAUUGCUACUUGAACGCCAUAGCUACAAUGAAACGCCUGAAGACCAACUUGGCUACUAUGUCUUUGCGUUGGGCUCUCACCAGUCGCCGAGGUACAUCGGGUGGCAGGAGUCAACAUCACAAUGCUUUACCUCUCUUGGUAUGCGAUAGCCUCAUUGGUACCCAGUCUAUUAUGUGAGUGAAAGCAGCUACGUACGGCUUCAGAGUGAAAGCAAAGUGAUAAUAGUAUUCGACCCCAUAGCUGAUUCAUUCUGGCCAAUGCGUGCUCCAAUUGUUUCCACCAACUCAUAUGCCUUUGAGAUGGAUGGUACACUCGGCAUAUAUAGCCAUAACUAUGCCAAAACAACUAUUGAUAUAUGGGUAUUGCAGAACUACAAAAGCGAGGUUUGGGACUUCAAGUAUCGAAUCAAAUUGCCGGUUGCAGAAAUACGGGGGAAGUUUGAGGCCUUUGAUGACCAUUGGAAUGUGGAGGUUGUUUCAGCGGACGGUGACGUGCUCUUGCUAGUCAGUUCUGAUCGGUGUCUAUCUUACGUUGACAAUGAUGGUAAGCUGAUUGACAGUUUUGAUCAUGGUCGCAAAUACUUCUUUUUGUCUAAAUAUCGGCUUUAGCAAAGUCUUGUCCAGCAUACCUUCUUUCAGGCUUUAGAAAGUUCUGUUGUGAACACUUCACCAUUCAUCUGAUGUCUAUUGAGUGAGGUGGUGCUUCUUAGCAGCUUAACUGUUGUAUCCUUAUGAGCUGCAACAUCUAUGAAUUGGAUCAAGU